GGCAGCUCCGCGAUGGCCACUCAAAUUACGAUUGAUCAGCUCGACAAGGAUCAGAUAAAAUCGUUUUCGGAUUUCCUGCUCUCGUACAACAAACUGUCCGAGCUCUGUUUCGUCGAUUGUGUUACCGAGUUUACCGGACGGACAGUUAGCGACAAGGAAGAUAAGUGCGCCCUAAACUGCAUGGAAAAGUUUCUGAAGAUGAACCAGCGCAUUUCGCAGCGGUUCCAGGAAUUCCAGAUGCUGGCGAACGAGAACGCCAUUGCCGCGGCACAAAAAUUGAGCGGUAAAUGAUUCCGUGCACCCUUACAGGCGAUGCAUUUGUUUUAUUAUUAGUGAAAUAAAAGAUUCAAUUUGACGCUAUAGUCUAGUGGUUAUU